AUGGCCCAAAUCAUCGACGUGGUGCCCUGGGAAGAUGGCUCCGCCCAUGUAUAUGCUUCCCCAGCCAUCCUCCUCCCGCUGGAGCGCGUGCGCAACCCACUCGCCGGUGUGAAGCACCAGCUCUAUCACCCAGCCCUGCCCACGCUGCGGCGCAUGGACAUGGACACUGUCAAGGGCUGCCUAUCGGAUGAGCACUCCCAAUCUUCCACCUACUGCUCCAAAGAUGACUUUAACAAGGCCCACUUCACACUCCUGGGAGUCCCCAACAAACCCCUGCAAUGCCUGGACUUCACAGGGACCGGCCAGAAGCUCUGUCAUAAGUACCGCGAAGGAAAAAUGGUGCCCAUCGCACCAGGCAUCAACCGGGUCGACUGGCCCUGCUACACGCGUGCCAUUGAAGACUGGUCUAAAUUCGUGUCCAGGUCCGGGGAGUUCAAGCUACCUUGCAUCAACAAGAGGGUGGAGAGUUUCAGUGGCUACGCGGUGCGGUACUUGAAGCCUGACGUGACCCAGAACUGGCGGUACUGCCUCAACCAGAACCCCAGCCUGGACCGCUAUGGACAGAAGCCCAUGCCUUUCGACUCGCUGAACGCAUUUCGACGCUUUGGCUCCCACUACAGUCGUACCAGCUACCUGACUCCCUGGCAUUAA